CACAACUUUGCCGAGGCCCUGCGAGAUCCAGGCGCGCGCCGGAGGAAAUAUAGUCCCUGCCGGCCGGCGGCUGGCGCGGGCGGUGGCGGCGGCGGGGCGAGCGCGCGCGGGGCUGCGCGGGGCUCCCGGGCGCCUGGGGGCCAUGCGCCGGCCAGCGCGGGGGGCCCGGGGACCCGGCGCAACUUGCCGGCCGGCCUGAGGAGUUGGAGCGGCCGCGAGCUCAGCGCCGCGGCGCCCGGCCGCCUUUCUUCCCCCUCGCAAGACGCCCCCCCCCGGCUCCCUCCGGUUCGGCCUUGGGGGAGGGGGCUCGUGUGCACCCCCCCUCCGCGGAGGCCCGGUCUGCCCCCGCCGGCUCCCGCCCCCGCGGAAUCGCGCAACUUCCCGGGAGCCGGGGCCAAAGUGAGCGCAAAGUGCUGCCCAAGUUGCCGGGAUGGAGCUGCAGAGUCGGCCCGAGGCGCUCGCCGUGGAACUCGCGCGCCACCAGAACGGCGACCUCAAGAAGCAGCUCCACGAAAGGCAACCGCGGAUCGCCUCGCUCAGCGACAAACAAGCUUUGGGAGCCAUCACUGCAGUGCCUGUCACGGGUCCUCAGGUCAGCUCCUUGCAGAGGCUGGCCGGGCAAGGAGCGGCGGUGCUACCUCAGGUUAGGCCAAAGACUCUGAUUCCAGACAGCCUCCCCAUCACCCCAUGCCGGGACCGGCCACCCAAGCAGCCCCCGACGUUCCAGAAGGCCACCGUGGUCAGUAUCAAGAACCCCAGCCCAGCCCUCCCCACCGCCAACAACACCGUGAGCCAUGUGCCAGCACCCGGCAGCCAGCCCCAGGCCCUCGCUGAGCCCGCCGCCGUCGCCUCUCCCCUGAGCAGUGCCGGGGUGGCUUACGCCAUCAUCUCCACCGCCCCCAGCAAUGCCGCCGCCAUUGCCCCCAGCACCGCGGUGUCUGUGGUCAGCGACAGCGUCAAGGUCCAGCCCCUCCUCAUCAGCGCUGACAAGAAGGUCAUCAUCAUCCAGCCUCAGGUGCAGACGCAGCCCGAGAGCACGGCGGAGCCGCGGCCGCCCACAGAGGAGCCAUCUCAGGGAGCUCAGGCGACCAAAAAGAAGGAGGAGGACCGGCCCCCAAGCCAGGAGAACCCCGAGAAAAUCGCCUUCAUGGUAGCUCUGGGCCUGGUCACAACGGAGCACUUGGAAGAAAUCCAGAGCAAACGCCAAGAGCGGAAGAGAAGAAGCACAGCAAAUCCCGCUUACAGUGGCCUCCUGGAGACAGAGAGGAAACGGCUGGCGUCCAACUAUCUCAACACCCCCCUGUUCCUCACAGCAAGAGCCAAUGAGGACCCCUGCUGGAAGAGUGAGGUCGUCCGUGAUGAGCACUGUGCCGCCUGCAAGCGAGGGGCCGACCUGCAGCCCUGCGGCACCUGCCCGGGGGCCUACCACCUCAGCUGCCUGGACCCGCCCCUCAAGACAGCGCCCAAGGGCGUGUGGCGGUGCCCCAAGUGCCAGCAGAAGGCCUUAAAGAAAGACGACGGUGUGCCCUGGACCGGGAUGCUGGCCAUUGUGCACUCCUACGUCACCCACAAGACGGUCAAGGAAGAAGAGAAGCAGAAGCUGCUACAGAGAGGCAGUGAGCUACAGAGCGAGCACCAGCAGCUGGAGGAACGGGACCGGCGCCUGGCCGCGGCCGUGAAGAAAUGCCUAGAGCUUAAGACGAGCCUGCUGGCCCAGCAGAGGGGCACCCAGUUGUCCUUGGACCGCCUGCGGGCCCUCCUGAGACUGAUACAGGGUGGGCAGAGGCUGCAGGUCACCAUGGCAACCACCAGCCCUGCCCCGAUGCUGGCCGGGCCCUGGACCAAGCCCCCAGCCGCAGCCAUGCACUCUGCCCUCCAGCACCCCCAGGGGCACAACUGACCCCGCGGGACCGGCUUCACACCCACAGAAGGUUCCUGGGACCCCGCUCAGCAGACCUGAGGUUUCUGUCCGCCUUAAUUCAUAAACACUAUGAAUUUCAGAUGAAAAUAAAACCCAACCGAGAGAGAGAGAAAAGAAGGGAGAAGGAACCGGGUGGAAGUCCUAGAGCCAGGACCGGAGGGGAUGGAGCCCUCCUGUCCGCGUUCGGACAGGACGCCAAGGAAGCCAGGUGGGCACGGGACGGCCGGGGACGCAGUCAGCCCCCAGCCCUUUGGGGGCUGCCCAGGCCUCUGGCUUCCAGGCACAGCUGUCUCCUCGGCUUCGGGCUGCCCCCCGGGAGAGAGAAGGGCAGAGGUCAGGAGGGGAGCCAGGAACCCGAAGACCUAGCUAAGUAGUAGCAGUAGUUGGGACGAGCAGUGGGUAGCGAAUCUAGGUAGGACUCCGCGCCCCUCCCACUCAGGGGCUCGGGGCUCGAGGCCGGGGCGCCCCAGCGCCUUCCUGGAACGCGGGCCCCGCUCUGUCAGUAUUAUUAGCGUUCAGAGUCACAGCUGUCGAACUUGAAAGAGACUAUGAGGUGGGUCCCUCUGGGGAGGGACUCUGCGGUCUCCACCUACCAGGGCCUCCGCACCCCGGGUCUCCGGAGCGCCCGCGCUGUACACCUCCUGCCCUCUGCUGAGCUUCUGGACUCCUUUUGCCAUCGAGGUCUUUUUCUCAUGGAGUUUCUGGGCAAGACGGAGCUGCAGGCUGCAGGGGAGGCCUGUGGCGGGUUUUCUAUCCGGGGUUGAACCCUCCACUUACGACUGAAGCCUUUUCUUUUCUCCUUUCGAAGAGCCGAUAAAGUGUUCCAUUCCUCUUUUCUUGCCAGUACAGACAUUUAUGCCAAAAAAUAACUUUACAUUUUUGUAUGGCGUUUUUAUUGUAAGAUAUUUAAUGUGAAGGGGGGACGCUUGCUGACUUCUUUUCCUGCUUCCAGUGGUCUCUGCUGCAAGGUGUGAAUGCGGAAACCCCUCCUGGGGGACGGCCCAACCGGAGAGAUCUGGAGGGUCCUCUCAGAAGGGGGGGGA